AAACACUUUAUGUCGAGAAGGUCUAAUCGUACUCAUAAAUAUACAGGUACUGGUCUGAAACAUUUAUUACAAAAAAUUCAAAAAACAAAAAUAUAGCGAAGAAGUUUAAAGACCAUGUACAACCAUAUUAAGGGCCUACACAUAAAUGAAUACCAGGGGGAGAAUGAAGAUAAUACUAGAAAGCUGGCGUGUGAAGGUACAGUGAAGCUAAACGCCAAUGCCCAAGAAUUCGUGCCACGUUUCAAGAGGGAGCAGCCAGCAAGAGAAGAUGCUAUAGUUGGUAACAGUAACAUGGACAACACAAUUAACGACGUCCAAAAACCAAAGACUAACCUUAUGUUGCCGUGGAAGGGAUUUCCCAAUAAACCUCAAAAACCUUCUCGCAGUCCCCAGGUGGUUUUAUUAAACGAUGUGGACUACGUAGUUCUACCGAGCACCAAAAGAUUGAAAAAGCCCAUUGACCAACUACUCGUGGAAAAUGUUUCCACUGCGCCCUCAAAAGUCCACUCAAAUGAUCCGGCUCCAGCUGGAAAUCGCAUUGAUCACGAGGAAAGGCGCCGCGAACACGAAAGAAAAGUCGCUGUGGAAGCCUUAAAGUUGGCCGAACAGCGCCGAAUGAGGGAUCCUGUAAUUGCCCCGACGGAGGUCAAUGAAAACUCGAAGAACGUGCGACCACUUAUAAAUAUCUCACGAUCUCCAAUAAAAUUCACGCCAGAGGAAAGGAUCAGAGUGGACCGUUUGAGGGCAGCGAAGAGGGAGCGUAUCGAGCGUAUCCUUCGCGAAAUGACAAACAGCAAGCAGGCGCAAGUGAAGAAAGAGCAGCUCAAGCAGAAGAAGCAGGAUAAUGCACCCAAUGAACCUAAUAAGCCCAAUGAACCUGCUAAACCUAAUCAGCAUCCGGAGAAGACAAAUGAAGUGCCCACGGUGACCAAAAAGAGGUACAUACCCACCACCAAGGAAUGGGACGAGCAAUGUCGUGCCAAACAUUUGGCUAAGAUGGAAGCUGAAAAGAAGAAUCAGAUGGGUGUUCAGGAUGGGAACCCUUCGCAAUCUGCUGUGCCAUCGAAUCCAAUGAGUGUGGUGAACAUAUCUCCGUCGGGAAUUAUUCGUCUGGGCGAUCUGAGGGCCACGGCCCAGCCUCGUUGUAGUCCACCUGCUAAACAAUUGGAUACGGAGAAGCGCAGGGGAAAUCUCACCCACUUCCGACCCCUCCACAACUGGACAAUCCGUCGAAAUCCGCAGGUUCCAUUGAAGAACCUGUGCAAUAAAGAUGGAAAGAUCGUGCAGCGCUAUAGCAUCGAACAACUGCUGCUUUUGGAGCCUCAACCAGAAGAACUGGAAGUGCCUCAUGUGGAUAAGGCCCUGUUAGGCUUGGGAUUUCUGUACGAUUCAUUUAGGGGCUCUACAUAAGUGUAUUCGCCUUCUUAAUCGUUAAGAUUCGAAUUUAAUUUGAACUUAUUGAUUAAAAAACAUUUCAUCUUUUUCCAAUCACUUCACUUGAAUGUCUCAAAUAAAGAAAAGACUGCAAUGCGUAUUUCAA